CGGCCGGGCGGGCGUGGGGACAGGGAUAGAGUGGGCUUCGACAGGAGCUGUCGCUGCUGCUGCCGCCGCCGGCACCCGGAAGGCGUUGGCCAUGGAUGCCACCACGCUGGAGCUGGACGCGGUGAAGUUCGCGCAGCUGGCGGUGCAGCGGGACCAGAGCGGGCGCUACCAGGAAGCGGUCUUCUACUACAAGGAAGCUGCCCAAGCCUUGAUUUAUGCUGGGAUGGCUGGGUCCAACUUGGAAAAUAUUCAAGAAAAAAUAAAUGAGUACUUGGAGAGAGUUCAAGCUCUCCAUUCAGCAGUUCAAUCACAGAAGACAGAUCCUCUGAAGUCAAAGCAACAGUUGGACUUGGAGCGUGCUCACUUCCUGGUUACACAGGCUUUUGAUGAAGAUGAUAAAGGCAACGCAGAAGAAGCUAUAGAGUUGUACACAGAAGCGGUGGAACUCUGUUUGAAAACAGUAUGUUAAGCUACAGGUUAACUUGGUGGAAUUAUGUGAUGGCAACUGAAACCUCAGAAGCAGGCCUCCAGUCCAAACUGAAACAGCUGGCUCGACAAGCACUGGAUAGAGCAGAAGCACUGAAGGAAUCCAUGUCAAAGCCAUCUCAGAAAGAAAAGUCAACUGCAGCCAAACCAAAUCAGCCAGUCAGAACAUUCUUUCCAUUGGGACCUGAUUUUUCUUUAAAUGAUAAACCACAGACAAUAAGAGCAGUACAAGCUAGUGAAUCUCAAGGUCAGAGAUAUACUGCAGAGGAGAUUGAAGUACUCAGGAAGACUUCAAAGAUUAAUGGCAUUGAAUAUGUACCUUUCAUGAGUGUUGAUCUGAGGGAACGUUUUGCCUUCCCUAUGCCUUUUUCUGAUAAGUGUGGGAAGCUACCAUUAUCCCCCAAACAGAAAGCAAUGUUUGCCAAGUGGGUGCGACCAGAUGACAUAACCAAUAACCCUACGAUGAUCUAUACUGUAUCAAGUUUCAGCAUAAAGCAGACAAUAGUGUCAGAUUGUUCUUUCGUGGCAUCACUAGCUAUCAGUGCAGCAUAUGAAAGAAGAUAUAACAAAAAAUUGAUCACAAGUAUCAUUUACCCUCAGAAUAAGAAAGGAGAACCAGAAUAUAAUCCAUGUGGUAAAUACAUGGUGAAGCUUCAUAUCAAUGGUGUUCCUAGGAAGGUAAUCAUAGACGACCAGUUACCUGUUGAUCAUAGUGGGGAACUUCUCUGCUCUUAUUCCAACAAUAAGAAUGAAUUGUGGGUGUCACUAAUAGAAAAGGCUUACAUGAAGGUCAUGGGAGGAUAUGAUUUUCCUGGAUCAAAUUCUAAUAUUGAUCUCCAUGCACUGACAGGUUGGAUACCUGAAAGAAUUGCUAUGCACUCUGACAAUCAAGCCUUCAAUAAAGAUAGCACUUUCAGAAUGCUUUAUCAGAGAUUUCACAAGGGAGAUGUCCUUAUCACAACAGCAACAGGGGUGAUGUCUGAAGAGGAAGGAGAAAAGUGGGGUUUAGUUCCAACCCAUGCAUAUGCAGUCUUGGAUAUAAGAGAAUAUAAGGGACUUCGAUUUCUUCAGCUAAAAAAUCCCUGGAGCCACUUACGUUGGAAGGGACGAUACAGUGAAAAUGACACAAGAAACUGGACCCCAGAUUUACAAAAAUACUUGAACUUUGAUCCCAGAACAGCUCAGAAAAUAGACAAUGGCAUUUUCUGGAUUUCCUGGGAGGACCUGUGCCAGUACUAUGAUGUUAUUUAUUUGAGUUGGAACCCAAGUCUUUUUAAAGAAUCUACAUGUAUUCACAGUACGUGGGAUGCAAAGCAGGGCCCAGUGAAGGAUGCCUACAGCCUGGCCAACAACCCUCAGUACAAGCUGGAGGUGCAGUGUCCACAGGGUGGUGCUGCCGUCUGGGUCCUGCUCAGCAGGCACAUCACUGACAAGGAUGACUUUGCACACAAUCGGGAAUUCAUUACAAUGGUUGUAUACAAGACUGAUGGAAAAAAAGUUUACUAUCCAGCUGAUCCUCCUCCUUAUAUUGAUGGUAUUCGGAUCAACAGUCCUCAUUAUCUGACCAAGAUAAAGCUGACCUCUCCAGGCUCCCAUACAUUCACCUUAGUGGUUUCUCAGUAUGAGAAGCAAAACACCAUCCAUUACACCAUCAGGGUAUAUUCCUUGUGCAAGUUCACCUUUUCCAAGAUUCCUACACCUUACACCAUUUCCAAACGGGUUAAUGGACAAUGGAAAGGUCACAGUGCUGGAGGAUGUGGAAACUUCAGAGACACCUACAAAAAUAAUCCCAUUUAUCAAUUCCAGCUAGACAAGAAUGGACCAUUGCUAAUUGAACUACGGGGGCCGAGGCAAUACAGCGUUGGUUUUGAACUUGUCACUGUCUCAACAGUGGGAGAUCCUGGUUCCUAUGGCUUUCAUAAGAAAAGCAGUGGUGACUACAGGUGUGGAUUUUGCUACUUGGAGGUGGAGAACAUAUUUGCUGGAGUUUACAAUAUUAUCCCCACCACAUUCCUGCCUCAACAAGAGGGCCCUUUUUUCUUAGAUUUUAACAGUACUACUCCUCUUAAGGUGUCACAGCUGCAGUGAGGAGACAGAACUGUGCAGUACUGAGAUGGUUUUGAUCUGUCCAACAAACAGGUGAAGAACCCUUACUACAUAUGCACAAAAGAAAAUUACAUCCUGAGUUAUAGCCAAAAGCAUGGAAUCACAGAUUGCCAGUUAAUUGUGGCAGGCAGUUAGCUGUGGGUUUGCUGCUAUGGUCAAGGAGUGAACACUGUUCAAUAGGCUUGGGAAUAGACUAAAAUGCAUAUAUUCAAAUGAACCAGCAGAACUCAAUUUAUUGCAGUUUUUCCACACUUUGAAUCAAAGUCUAGUGGGUUAUGAGAAAAACUAACCUUGACAUUCCCUCUUCUCAACAUAUAGGGUAUAUGGGCUGAAGAUUCUAUUCUUAAAAGUAAACAUGUAAGAAAAAAA